AUGUCAAGCGCCAGCCGAGCGGGCGAGGACUCGGGAGGGGUCGGGGAGGCGCCGCGUGGCGAUGAGACUCAAGGACGCUCCACUUCGCCUGGCGACGCAGAGAAGGACGACCGCAUGUCCAGGCGUUACGUCCUGGAUCAGGCAUUCGAGCAAUUCAACACGCCGCAGGCAGACGACGAGGGCCUGCCACCGACCUUCGACACGGGAAGGAAGAGAUUGGAUUGGAUGAUUAACCAUCGCCUCCUGAACGCGGAAGAUAUCGUCGACCGCGGGGUUCCAGCCGAUAAACGAUUCAAGCGCUUUUCCUUGCGCCCCGAGCUCCUCGACCUCGUCGACCUAGUCAUUUCCCUCACACAAGACGUCCUCUCCUCUAUGGCUUCUGCGACAAUGGAGGACUCGGCGGACAAAGGGCCGCGCUGGGAUUUUGACGCGCGCGGCGUCCUCAGAAGUAACUUGGGGGGCUGCGACACGCUCGCAGGAUUAAACCUAGCCUGGACGGCGUUCAAUCGGCGAUGUUCACAAGCACUGAGCGUGUACCGCAAGUACCGCACGCGUAUCGAGAAGCACAUCGCGGGCGAGACUCCCCCGCCUCUGUCACCUCUCACGGCGCCCGGGUCGGUGUAUCGCGACCUCCCAGGCGUAGGCAGCCCCGAGCAACAGCUGCGAUUCCUGCUAGGGUCGGUACCAGGGUACGAUGAAGGGAACAAGGAGGCCUCGACGCUCGAAAGGAGGUGCCUUCUCUUCAAAUCUGCGGAAUCAAUUGCGCCACCGCUGUCGCCGCUUGCUAGGGCCUUUCCGCUACGUCUGCUGGAGAGGGACCCAGUCGCGAGGUACUACGACGGGGACGCCAUGAAGGAUCGCCCUUUCGGGAAGCCGUACGAGACUUGGAGCUGGUUGAAGCAGAGCUCCGCUGCCGAGCCGAAGGCGACCUCGCAAGCCCAGUACGAGGAAAAGAAGAAGGGGCUGAAGUUCGCGAAGCAGAGCAAGGAGGAUCCCUCCACCCGGCAGCAGAUGCUCGCAGCGGAGUCGGCAUCCACGGGAGGCGGAUCAAAGAAGAAACGAGCACGCUCCAAGCGGCGCAAGAGGGAAAAGGGCGGCCGCGAGCGGGAUGACGAGAAGGAGGGCGAAAAAAGGUCGAGCGGGUCAGCAAAGCGCGGCGGGGACGACCACCACGACCCGGCGCCGCACUUCAAGACUCAGCCCGGAGACGAGCUGCCCUCCGACGACGACGACAACGACGAUGACUGCGACGACGAUGAUGAUAGCUCGAGCUCGGAGGACGACGUCGUGGACUUGAACGAGGAGCCGCCUUUGAUUCCAUUCGGGACCGUCGCCCCUACCGUCCAGUCUAGCAUCAAACCCGACCAGCUCCCCGCCUGGAACAGGGAUAAAUCGACUGCGACGGAGUUCUUGGUGUCCGUGUACGAGUACGCCAACAGCGGGGGCUACUUGAACCAAGCAGUGGGCUUCUGGAUCUGGACGAGGCUAGAGCGCGGCUCGCCCGUAUGGCAGUGGUACAUGACGCUGUCCGACUCGCUGAAGGGAUAUAUGAAGAAGAGCGCGCAUCAAUUUCUGGGGGUAAUACAGCGCGAUUAUCUAGGACCAAAGUGGAUUCGCGACCUGGCCACCGAAUACCAGUUCCAGUCUUUCCGUGAGCCAAAGCAUCGCCACGAGACGCCGAGCCAGUUCAUCUACAGGUGCAUCAUCGCCUGCCGCGCGCUCGCUUUUGCACCGAUGAAUUCCAAGGAGGAGGUGAAGAUGAUCCUCGGCGUGGCGCCUCCCAGCUGGGGAAUAAUCCUCGUCCCCUCCUCAAUCAGGAGCACGGACGAGCUGUCGAGCCGCGUGCUGCAGUUUGAGAACGAGUUGACUAACGCGUCUCGCUCGUCGGGGAAUGACCUAAGGUCCCAAGUUGCGGCGGUCAUGAAGGAGAUUGGGUACGCCGCCUCUCCCUCGGCGAGGCUGCGCUUCUUCCCCAAGCGCUCCGCGUCCGCUUUUGACGCCGAAGUAGAGGAAAGCGGGGAGGGAGCAGAGUCGCCGGACGAGGACCGUCUGGCCGGAGACAUGCUCGCCAUGGCCUACAGCGUAGCCUCGGCAAGGGACAAGGCCAGACCUCCCCCGACGAGGAAGUACGCCCCGCGCAACGACGUUAGAUCUAAGAAGAAACCGCCCUCGCCCUGCAGGCCGUGCGGCAGUCCCUAUCACUGGAACCAAGACUGCCCUCAUUGGCAGGAAUAUCAACGCGACCGAGUCAAAGAGGGUUUCUUGGUCGACACCGAGGAUUCAGAAGCCGAGCGAGCCUACAACGUUGCCUAUUAUCUGAGCGGACAGGAGGAAAUUGAGGAUGACUAUUGGUACGAGGGAGAGCUGCUGCCCGCGGACUCACCUUAUAUCCUUGAGAGCAUCUACGAGGAGGACUCGGAGCAGCCGACCAGAACGGGAGCAGUCGAUGAGGUAUACAGCGCCGAAUGGGAGGCGCAGCCCGUCGAGCCCACGGACAGGCCGCCCGACGAUAGCGGAGAAACUCCCCGACCGUACGAGCCUUGGAAGGUGCACCUGACUCCGAGGAUAGACAAGAAGAAGGCGGAGGGAGUCGGCUCAUCAGUUCUCAGCGUGCGAGGGCACUUGGGGUCGGAACACGAGGAUGAGAUCGACGAACACCUCGACUCCUGCGCCAGCAUCUCCUUGGUCAGCGGGGAGACUUACGACGCGAUGAAGGAUAAACCGAAACUACACCAAGGCGCGAAGAUGAAGCUCUGGCAGCUGACGGAUAAAUCAGUAUCAAUACGAGGAUACGUGAUGAUGCCGGUGGUCAUCCGUAUGGACGACGGGACGCUAGUAAGGAUGAUCGUGCGCAUGUACGUCGUGGAGGGGAUGACCGUCCCGGUCCUCCUGGGCGAAGACUUCCAGCAGGCAUAUGAAGUGUCGGUUCGCCGCAGCCUCGAGGAGGGGACAGUGGUCAUGUUCGGCAAUGGGCAGUACACCAAGACCGCGCAGCAAGCAUCCCGCGACAAGGAGGUGCGAAAGGAAGUGCAGAACGUCGAGAAGGCCUACGUAGGAGAGAAGCCAACGCACAGCUUCCUGAAGAAGGCAGCGAGACACCGCUACCAACGCGCCUUCAAGGACAAGAAGAAGAGAGCUGACCAGGAAGACCGUGUCAUCCGCGCCGCCGAAGACGUGGUUAUCAAGCCUGAAUCCGUGUCGAAAGUCAAGGUCAAUGGGCCAUUUGACGCGGAGGGAGAUUGGAUUGUCGAGAAGGAAAUGAUCGCGGCGGCGUCGGAUCAGCCCUUCAUCGUCCCUAAUACGCUCGUCAACGCGAGCGCGCCGUUUGUGCCAGUUGCGAACUUGGCAACCGUUCCGCGGCGCAUACGGAGGAACGCGAUCGGUACAGCAAGCACGCAGCCUUCCUGA